AUGGCCUCGGAUGAAAAAGGCCCACUCAAACUCGGAGACUUUACUACAAGAUUGAACUCGGAACAUCUGUCUCUUUGGGCAUCUCCUCCACCCGAUCGACCCGUAAGCCUUGGGAAUUUUCAGCGGCUCUUUCAACGCCUUGGCGUCAAGGAUCCCAAGGAUUCCCCUCGUGUUCAACCAGCUUCCCCUCCGAAGGCGACACCAAUCACUAUUCUAAAGCGGCCUGUUGAAGCAUCUUCGACUAUUCAGCCCAUUGCUCUGCCCAAGGCCACAGACGAGCCCCAAGUCGACCCCAUCACUGAUUCAGAGACCGGGUCUGGCUCUGACUCUGAUUUACUGCCGGGCAAGGCAUACUCAACCGCCGCAUCAACACCCCCAAGCUCGACCGAAUCUCCGCUCGAGAACUUGGCCAAACAGAAAAAGAAGAAGGCCAAGGCAUCUAAGGCCAAGGAAAAGUCUCAUCAUAGAGACACCUCGCAGUCCGAGAUUGAAGUCAUCGACAAUCUUGAACCUCAACAACCCGAACAACCCCAACAGCUCCGGCACCUCCUCAUCACAUACCAAUAUGUUAAAUACGGCCCCACGACAGAUAUCUACGGCCACGCAGAGUCAGCCGAGGUUAAACACGAGUCUCUUUUGACCAAGCUUGUUCACCAGCACAUCACUGACUCGACAUUAAGCAAGGAAGCCCCAGAGGUGGCCUCCAACGGGAUUCAUGUCUUUAUCGACAUGUCCAACAUCAUUAUUGGCUUUCAGAAGGCUCUGCGAGCGAGAUAUUCUCUCCCAGAGUCUGUACGCUUCAUUCCGCUCCCUCAGAUGAAUCUCGAGUUCUUUCACAAGCUCCUGGUUCGCGAUCGGCAUGCGGAAUGGCUCAACGUUGGGUGCUCUAUGCACCCCGACAAACAGAAACCCCAUUUCAUCGAGGAACUGGAAGACCUUGGUUACCGGGUCGAUCUCCGCAGCCGCCGUCCGCAGAACAUGGCUAUGGAGGGCCACGGCUCCCGCUACGUCGAGGACAUGGUGGACGAGACGCUCCAGAUCCGGAUCGGCGAGUCGGUCAUGCAGUACUUUGACAAGCCCGGCACGCUCGUCCUAGCCACCGGGGAUGCCCGGCCGGCCAAGUACUCGGACGGCUUCCUCGCCUACGCCCAGCGAGCCCUGAAAAUGGGCUGGAACGUUGAGGUGGUGUCGUGGAGGUCGAGCCUCUCGUCUGCUUGGAACGGCGUGUGGAAGGAGGAGGGCGUCGGCUCUCGGUUUCGUGUUAUCGAACUCGAUCAGUUUCUUGAUGAACUUUGGAUCUGCUAAGCGGCUCGUCUAGGUGUCUUCUGAAAUAGGAAGCACAUCUUGGUGAGAGGUUGACAAUAGACAUGAUCUCGCGAUUGGUGCCGUGAGUGCAUAUCUCGAGGUCAUCUGUCUUUGCCAAUGCCAUAGCAGGGAACCAUCUUUUACAACUUUCAACGCUCUUUGCGUAUCAUGUAUAUGAUGCUGACAGGUCUCUUGGAGGCUGACGAGCACGAAACCUUAUGUGGAGGGCAAAAGCAUUUGCUUAUGAACCAUGUGUAUAACAUGGUGAUGACUGGGUGGGAUGUUGGGUGGAUUGACGAGGAUUCGGGAUGAUGAUGAUGUCUGAUGAUAGAUGUUCUACUCAGCUCGAUAGCAUCGAGUUAUAUAUCACCAGAUUCUUCUCUG